CUCGCUUAAAACGGAUCGCCUAGUUCGACGCGACGUCAUUAAGGAAUGCUUCGUGGAGAAUGUCGGUACCAAUUUUCAGCUUCCUUCGGCUCGAACUAAGCCUAGCGCACUCUUUAAGUUCGCUCUCUGCCCACCAGUUCUACUCAAACCCACGAACAUAAUUAUUUUUGCAUUCGCUGCAUCAAAUCUGGAGUCUCGACCCGCGAAAAUUUGUUGCCGAAUAGGUUGUUUCUAGGAGAGAAACCCCUUCAAGCCGUACAACACUGGGAAUCAUGUCUCCAUACGAGAUGAAUCCAUUCAGUGUAUUCUACACAGAAUGCAUUUCCAAAUUUCCUCGUCAAAUGUACAACGACGACGGUUCGACAGGAUUCUGGCUUUUCUUGGCCGCAGGAUCGAUGAACCUCAUAGUGAUCCUUUGGUUCGCUUUGACAGUGUAUACCAUUGCUCUGUUUCCAAGAAGAUAUAUGUGGCUACUUCCAGAGUGCGAGAGGAUGCGAGUCUGUCAGGAACUCGUGAAUACAGUACCGGAUAAACGCAAUGAAAAACUCCUGGACAUGUGCUCUCACUGGGCUGGCUCGAAAGACUUCUGCACCGAUGAAUUAUUCGCGCACGUCAAUUCAAAAUUUCAAGUCAUGGAGGAUGCAGGUAUGAUUGGACCGGAUGGUAAUAUUCUGUAUGAAUUGAAUUGGGGAUUUUUGGAGGACGAUAUUCUGAUAGCUGACCUGCUCGAGGGCGGGAGGAAGAGCGCUCGCUUGAGGAAGAAUUUUCUUGUCAAGGAGUUCUGGGAUAUUCUUGGGAGGGCGCCCAGUAUCUUUGUGGCUUGUACCCGGAGAUAUCCUUCCAUAAAGAAGAGCAUCGAGCAGUGGAAGAUGGCGAGGAUUGGGAGGGAGAAUGCAGAUGAGGAGAAAGGAGAGGUGCUGAUAGACGUUGAAUAAUAUUGGCCUGUGGACGCAACUUAGCUACUCGAGGCAGUAAUAAAGUAAAAAGUCACAAGACCGAAUAGGCGUUAUAUUCUGGAUUGCGACUACUCGAUCUAUUAAGAAAGAUGCAAUGGACGUCGCCAUUAAUGAAGGCGGUCUCGGAG